AGAUUAAAUGUAAGCCUGAUAAAAGGUGGGCAGGGUGCAUCUGAAGGGAUCAUGACCGCCAAUGAACACACAUGCAAUGCAAGCACCUCUCUACCCCUACCCUCCUCGGGAGGAACAUAUUGCUCCCAGUCACACUGUGGUAGAAUUAAACUGACAAUGCCUGAAUAUUAAAAUUCAGGCGUUGCAGGGCACCACGGCUGAAUGAGCGUAGCAGAAACACUGUUGUAAUUAUCUCUGUUCUAAUUAUCAUCCGACACAAGAGACUGGCAGGAGACACAUUAAAGACUGUGACUAAACAAGCUUUUGAGUUGCGCUGUCCAUCACUGCACAAGAACGCUGUAACCUCACGUUUUACAUAUUUCAAUACUCAAACCGUCAAGAUUUGUGGAAGUGUCGACAUGAAGGCUUCGCGCCCCAGCACGUCAAAUUGAGAUAAUGCUUUAUUCCUCUUUCUGGAGAGUGGGCGUGAAUACAAAUAGGUCAGCAGCCCAACCCCCCCCCUCCCCUUUAACAAGAGCAGGCAGCAACAGCAGCAAAGACGGCGUGACGUGGUGGAAGAGCGUACUGCCACCAAGCCUGGAGCUGCCUUUCAGAACGAACACACAACUCAGAGCACUGCCUCCUGUUCCAUCCUCCUCCUCCCCCGCUGCUUUCGCCCCUCUAGCCCUCUCGCAGACAACACAACGACGACACGGAGCGGAGUGUAUAGGGGCGGCUGAAUGAGGAAGGCGAGAAAAGGGAAGCCAAAAAAAGGGGGGAGAGGCACACGGGGGGAGGGAAGUUAACAUGAGAGCGUGUGAAUCAAAGAGGACGAGCGAGAGGAAAAAAAGAUCAGCACAGAAAUUGAAGGAAAGCUGAACAAACGGAGAGAUGUAAUGCUUGUGCAUCAUCCAGAGAUGAUUCCCAUCCAUCCACUGCUGCUUUGAUAUACACAAUACGACAGGCGAGGACAGCAAAAGGAGCCACGGCUGCAGCUAACCGUCAACCACUGGCUCUCUACUCCCUUUGGCCAAAGACAGCAGCAGCAGCAACACCGUUAGCAUCAAGCCUCUGGGGACAAUGCGCCAAGGCAGAUGGAGAGACUGCAACACUGGAGCUCUGACACAUGUUCCGCCUGUGCGCGCGCAUACAUACGCACUUGUGCGUGCAUGUGGUAGAUAGCUACGAUAGCCUGGAAAUGGACUAAAUUUCCCCGUCUUUCUGAGUGACAGUCACAUGCGAGUUGGGUUAAAAGAGGGUAAUUUGUCACACGUUGUAGAGGAAAUAAAUGAGGACCUGAGUCGUCAAGUCCGAGCUGUAUGCGAUUUGGCUAAGGGCACAGUAGGAGAAGUGACCAAGAGGGCGAUCAGUGUGUGAGGACUGUAAUUCAUCACAUUCAGAAACAAUGGAUGCCAGAAAGAGACGAAUGCUAAGAUUAAAACGGGACAUCGCAAGAACCAACCCACCACACACACGCACUUCACUUGAUCAGAAGCUGCUGACGAAAUAGUCCCGCCGAAACCAUGCAGUGGAGACGACGCCACUGCUGUGCACACACAGCUAAAGUUCUGUAUAUCCUCUCACUCUUGGGUCUACUGGUCUUCCUUGUCCACCAGGAGUGGCUGCCUAAGCUCGCAGGUAUGCCGUGGUGUAGAGGCCAUCCUGUGGUGUACGGAGGUGGUGAACUUCAUACCACCAAAGCCAAACGGAACACGAGCGCCCCGCAUUCAGCGUUGAGGUUUGUCAUUGUUCCUCGGCCAACAGGCAAGGGCGAUGCCAACAUCAGCUCCCCUGAGAAGGAGGGAGUCUACUCUCCUCAAGGACAGAACACUCUGGCAACCAAUACCAGCCAAAGUGUGAAGGGAAAUCUUAGUCGCACUACAACCCACGGGCCUUUCACUUAUAUCAUCAACGAGCCAGACAAAUGUGCAGGCAGUGGACCUGCUCCAUUUCUGGUGUUUCUGAUAGCCACCGAGUCUCGGCAGGUGGAGGCAAGGAAUGCCAUACGGCAAACAUGGGGCAACGAGAGUGUGGCUCCGGGUCUGGGAAUAAUCCGUCUGUUUCUGCUGGGGAAAAGCGAGGGAGAGCUAGGAGUCUUACAGCAGGGGAUACUUAAAGCAGAGAGCCGGAAGUUUCGUGAUAUCAUUCAGCAGGACUUUCGGGAUACCUACAACAACCUGACCUUAAAGGUAUUGAUGGGAAUGAACUGGGUGGCAGUUCACUGCCCACAAGCCAGCUAUGUCAUGAAGACGGACAACGACAUGUUCGUCAACACGGAGUACCUCAUUUACAAGCUGCUCAGGCCAGAGCUGAAGGUUAAGCAGAACUACUUCACAGGCAAUAACAUGAGAAACUUUUCACCCAAUCGAAACAAAAACAGCAAGUGGUACAUGCCCCCUGAGGUGUACCCAGGUAAAAGGUAUCCCACCUUCUGCUCUGGGACUGGUUACGUCUUCUCUGGAGACUUGGCGGGGAAAAUCUAUAGUGCGUCGCUAAAAAUCCCCUACCUGCAUCUGGAGGAUGUGUAUGUGGGAGUGUGCCUGGCUGAGGUCAAGAUCGAGCCCACCCCUCCGCCCAACGAGUUCCUAUUCAACCACUGGCGGGUGGCUUAUUCCAGCUGCAAGUACAGCCAUCUGAUAACAUCGCAUGGGUUUCAUCCUAAUGAGCUACUUAAAUACUGGCAUCAUCUGCAGAGCAACAAACGCAACGCCUGCAUCAGCCCAAUGAAAGGCAGAACACACACAAACAGACUGACCAGAGACAGACCAGCUCAUUAACUGGAUACGGUUAUCAUUAAACUUUCCUUGUUAGAUACAAAUAGUGAUUUAUAUCUCUGUUCUUAACGUGAUAUCAAGGGAUUAAUCUACACUUUAUCGAUAUGAGAACUCUAUACAAAUUCUGCAUAAAUGUUGUGCUCUAUAAUUAUUGCCAGUUUUGUACAAAACAGAUGAAAAAUGUUUCUAUGUCUGGGUCAAACCACUGGAGGGUUUUAUGUACACAGUUAUAUUUUCCACUAGAAUAAGCUGUGUUUCACUGUGGUGCAAAGGGUACUUUUUUUUGUAAUAAUGUAAGAUUUACUGUAUGCGUUUUAUAUAUGCUGCCUUACAGGUACAGGCUACUCUAAAACUAGAGUGGACAGGGUACAGUGCCAAUAAACGUUUUCAAAUGUG